CAAUGCGCAUGUGUCAAGAGAAAGAUACUCUAGCUUCAACCAUGGCUUAAUUUUUUAAAAAGAUAAAUUUGCUGUGUGUGUAUGAUUAAUAAAAGAUUCUGUAUCAAAAAUUAGAAUUGUUUAAAACUCUAAUUUCAAAAUGGGGGGUGUUAAAAAGUGUGCAGUCUGCAAAAGAAGUGAAAAAAUACCUGGCGUUAGACUGUUUUCUUUUCCAAGACAAAAAUACAGGUGUGACCAAUGGCUGCAGAACAUAGGCAACCCGGAAUUGUUCAAGUUCUCAACGUAUCGUCUAAGUGUAGCUUACAAAGUGUGUGAACAGCAUUUUGAAAGGAACUGUUUCUUCAGCGACAUGCUGAACAGACUUGCACGCGAUGCCGUGCCCACUCUGUUUGGUCUGAAUGUCAAACGACACGUGGCAAUAGAUGGUGCUGUUUUGAAACACCAGCAGAACAAGUGUCCCACUGAGAAGUUUCAAAAGUUAAGUGCUCUCUGUCAUGAAGGCGUAGAUUGUGAUAAAGUCUCCGGCAGGAUGCCUGGAAACACAACUCCUGUCUUGGGACUAGAAAAUUUUACUGACAGCAAGCUACCGCAAGAACACAUGACAUGCACUGAUAAUACUUUGAAUAAAAAUGAUGAAUUUAACUUUUGUGUUAAUGAAAUCCCACAGCACGAUUUCCAUCAGCUAAGUGUCUUGUCUGUGUGUCCUAGUAGAUUAGAAGAUGCUAAUAACAAGCAAAUAAACACCCAAGAGAAGGUUUCUCUUCAAAUUGAUAAAAUGUGUGAAUCAGAAAGCAAGGAACUUGUACCUUCUACAGAAGCACAUCUUGCAAAUACUUGCAGAACAGAAGACAGCAGCAGUCCUAUUUCAGACGGGGAUGGAGUCUCAGUAGAGCACUUUCUCCACAGCUGGAUUGUUGAAUGUGAUCUAAAUGAAAAUGAAAACUCUAGCACUUUGUUUGGCGGUAUCGGUGAACGAGUGAGCGACAAGAAAGAGUGUGAGCAUGAUAUUGGCGAGGCUACUAUGUCGUUCAGCGAAGUGUCGGAGACGGUUGGUGGAGCGGAAGGUGACCUGGAGCAGGAACAGUUUUCAGAUUACAUGGACGUAGGAUCCAUGAAUGGCUUGGACCAGUCAGAUUUUCUGCACAGUUGGAUGCCCGGCAGUAGUAUCGUCAGCAACAAGGGACACGUAUCAAAUGAAAGGAUAGAUGAGCAGCAGUGUGCUCUUUCAGACUUAGCUAUUGGUUUGAUGGCUGAAGGAACAGAACACGAAAAAAUUAGUGCUGUUAAAGAUAUCACUGUGUGCAACUGGGCAAAUGAAAAAGUUUUCUCUGGUUUGCCAAAAUUGUCGCACGAUGAUUAUGAUGAGUUAAGCGUUUGUGAACAAGAUAGUUCAGAACCCACACACUUUGGAAGUAUAUCUUUACUUGGGCUUUGUGGGGAAGAACAUCCUGUUGUGUCUCCUGGGAAUAGAGUUGGUUCCAGUGACGAGUUGCCCCUGUGUGACAGCUUGCCUACAGAGACCUCUUGUGAGAAUGUGUUUACUUGCCAAAAAUUUGUCAGAAAGAAAUUAUCGGGUUCGACCAAUUCAAGUAAAGAAAACUUUCCAAAAGCAAUUUCAUCAGCAGAUAUAAAUUUUCUGCCUGUAGAAUUUUCUUUCAAUAAAGAUUUUCCAACAAUUCAGCUAGUGCAGCCAGAUAGUGUUAAACUUUCAGACGAAUUGUGCCAAGUAACGUACACAUCAGAUGGAAUUGCAGUCACUGAGGCUAAUUUAAAUCCCACAUUACAUUCUUGUAAUGUUUCUAAACUAAGCCAAGGAAGUGAUUUGAGCCAAAAUAUUUCCUGUACUGAUCAGGUAAAUUCCAAGGAAAAUGUGAACAGCUUCGUGCCUCCUAAAAGUGUAACUCUAAAUGUCUCAGACUCAAAAGAAGCAUCAGAUAGCACUAAUUAUGUGGUGUGCAGCUUUGAAAGCAUUUGCCGCUUGUGCUUGGCUGUAGACCAAGUCAUGUAUCCAAUUUUCAGUGACUCGAACUCAAUGACUGAUAAGGAUGUAGUGUCAUGCAUACCAGUCAAGCUCCUCCCUCCCUAACUUCCACGCCUCCUUCCCCUCCGAAUCGUCUGCAGGUAGGGGAGGGCCACUCCUCCCUCAAGGACAACUUACACGAACGAACUUCACUCGCUUCGCGAUGAGGCUGAAAGGUGCAAAAAGAUGACCGAUAUCCCAAAAUGGUUUGCAAGAAAUGUUAUGAUCAAAUGGCAUGCUGGCAUAAGUUCAAAGAAGUUUGUUUUAAAUCACAGUCAGUACUGGAGCACCUUUCUAUCGGUACAAGAAAUGAGUGUACAAAUACUAAAAAGCAGGAAAAAAAUAUUUGCAUCAGUUUGCCCUCAGAAAGUAUUAAAGAAGAAUUGAAGGUUAGUUCAAGAAGUACACAGACAGUGCCAAUAGUGGACCUAAUUAUUGGUGAAGAGCCUCUUAUAAAUGAGCCUGGUAUGGUACCCCAAAACAAGGAACAUGAUUUGAUUUGUCACAAAAUAAAACAAAGACAGUUGACCUUGCUUAAGAAAAAACCACUUAGUGAAAUGAAAGUGCAUAAGGCCAAGGAAAUAAUUUCCAGGAAACGUAAUAUUAACAAAGCUCAGAAUUGCGUAGGAAGGAAACCCUCUUCUAGUACUUCUUCCAGCACGUCUGCAUGUGAUGGGGCCAGGCAAAACAAAGUCGUAAAUGUAAUGAAACAUCUUCAUUUCAGUGGUCUCAAACCAGGCUGUCGCUUGACUGUAGCUGAUAAAAGGUAUUUGAUAGUGGGUACCAAGUCGGCUUCUAAACCUGGCAUUGGGCUGUAUACAAAACCAGAUUUUAGCACUGAAACAGAUUUUAAACAUUGUCAUGAAAUUGAACUUCCAACUUAAAACGUUUUAAAGUGUGCAUAGGUAUUUGUGUAUGAAAUGUGUGCACAAAAAGUAAAUGAAUCUAGCGUUACAGUAUUAAAAUCAUAAAAGAUAUUGUUUAUGUGUUUGUUGUCAACAUAUGUAGGUACUGUUGUGGUGCGUUAUAUUUAUACAGUAUUUAUAAGUUUUUGUCACUGUUUUAUCAAAAAGGAGUACAAAUAAGAAGCAGUUUAUAUAAUUGUCUGUAAUAUAUUUUUUUUUUUUUUACUUUUGUAUGUUAAUGUUGAGUUUUUAGAUAGUGGUAAUUGUUAAUAGAACUUUAAAAAAUUUAGCUGAUUCUAUUUUUGGAUACAUUUUUUUUUGUGAUGAGUGUAAGUUGUCACAAAUAUGCCUUCAUUUUUUCAUUGAAGUUAAAAAAAAAUUUUUCAUCAAGUAACUCUUCAUAAACUUCAAUCUUGAAGCUACAUAUACAGUUGUGUUCGAGUAUUUCCUCGCCACUCUUCACCUCUUUCCCCCCCCCCCCCCCCCUCACUCCAAGAACAUAGAAUAUUGACUGUAUGUGGAAUAAACUACCUGACCUGUCUAUGUAGGUACCUUGAAGUUCUGACUGCAGUGGUUGCUGAAAGCUGUACACAUUCACAUAGGAGCUAUUAUUUUUGCCCAGUUUGUGCUGUUGUCAGUUACAGUUAGGACCCUGAAUAAGGGCUAGUACAGAUGGGGGGAUGGGAGGGGAUAUAUUCUGCCCUACCUAUCUCCCCCCCACCCUCAUCCAUCAUAACAUUUCUAUAAUUCCCACCAACAAAAGGAAAGACAUAAGAGCAAAACAGCAGGCAACUUGGUUCUAUUCCCCCCCUCCCCCCUCCCAUUCCAGAAUUGAAUCCGUGUAUUCUGCUACCGUAGAAUGAAUAAAGAUUUAAAGAAAAUGUAGGCAUCUGCGCACUAUGUUAAACUGUGCUUUUUCAUUGAGCAGUGAAUUCCUAACUAUGAAAAAUUAAGGUAGUUUACAUGUUUGUGGCACUUGUUUAUCAAUGUUUAGUGUGUAUAGACAUCUUUCAUAUUUAUAAUGCAAAUACAAAAUAUAAUGAUGAGUUUUAAAGCA